AUGCCUCGCCAAUUCUUCGUAGGAGGAAACUUCAAGAUGAACCCCGCCACGCGGGAGGCGAAGCGGUCGCUCGUGAAGAUCUUGAACGAUGCGACCAUUGAUCCUGCUGUCGAGGUCGUUAUCGCGCCCCCGUCGAUCUAUCUACUCUCCUUGGCGGAGGGCGUCCGGAAGGACAUCAAAGUAUCCGCGCAGAACUGCUACUCCAAGCCGAGCGGCGCAUUCACGGGUGAAAUUAGCCCCGCGCAGCUCGUCGAUGCGGGCAUCCCAUAUGUGAUCCUCGGACAUUCCGAGCGCCGGACGCUCUUCCACGAGACUUCUGCGCUAGUCGCGCAGAAGACGCAAGCCGCGCUCGCCGCUGGUCUCUCCGUCAUCCUUUGCGUUGGCGAGACGCUCCAGGAGCGCGAGGCAGGCAAGACCGCACAGGUUGUGGAGGACCAGCUCAAGCCCGUCGUAGAGACCCUGAAGGAGGCUGAUUGGAGCAAGAUCGUGAUCGCGUAUGAACCUGUAUGGGCCAUCGGCACAGGCAAAGUUGCGACGUCUGCGCAGGCGCAAGCAGCACACGCCGACAUUCGUGCGUUCCUCGCCAAGGCGGCGUCUCCCGCCGUCGCCGAGAACACGCGCAUCAUCUACGGUGGCAGCGUCACCGCGGCGAAUUCCAAAGAACUGAGCACUCAGAAAGAUGUCGACGGCUUCCUUGUGGGCGGCGCCUCGUUGAAGCCCGAGUUCAUCGACAUCAUCAACGCGAAGAAGGCAUGA